CUCGCGAGCUGAGCAUUAUUAAAUAGAGUCGCGUGGCUGUUUCUUCUUAUACAUAUAUAUACAUAGAUAUAGAGUGCGUAAAUGUAUAUAUAGACAUAUACAUAUAUAUACACAAACCACAAGAGUAAAUGUGUGUAGAUUUGGACAUUAUUCAUGGCUUAUGUACAUCAUUAUCAUUAGAAACGACAAAACAACGUAUUUUCAGCUGGAAAGUACGAAUUUAGUCUCUUCCUUCAAUCUGUCAAGUCGACAAAGUAUCUAACGAAUCUCCGUUUAAGCUACAGUCAGUUGAGGUCAGCAGUUAACUUCAAAUCGAAUAAGCCACGUAAUCGUCGCCCAAUUUAUUAUUAAAAAGUAACGUAAAAUUGCAGCGUGUAAAGAGCAGUUUCCAUCGGUCAGUGCAGUGAGUGCAUGUUUAUAAUAACGGAUCGUUACCGUUAAAGGUGUACGGGGAGAUAGCAGCAGCAGCAGCAGCAGAGACAAGAAGAUAUAAUUGUUGGUGUGUCCGUGCGUGGGUUCGCUGCAGUUUUCACGCUGAUCACUUCGUAGACAGCAUAAUACAUAUUAAUAACAUAUAAAAAAAUCGAUAUUUGUAUCUAUAUACAUGUGCAUACAUAGAUAUAUGUUCGUUCACCUUGUCAGUGUAUUAAUGAAGAACCUUGAAUCGUCGCCUGCUUCACAAUUUCAUCGCAGCUUCAUUUUUUUACUUUUGUAACAAGAUAAUACAAUAUAAUAUAUAAUAUAUUAAAUAAUAAAUACAAGUACAUUUGUACAUACGACAGACAAGUAAUCAUCCAGCGAGUUUAUUAGUACAGAGAGACGGAAGAACAAGUAGAAGAAAUUAAAAAGGAGCAACGUGACAGUUACACGCUACAUACACACAUACAUGCAUACAACAAUCCGAGUUCCUCAUUGUUAUGAUUAAUUAUCAAGUUACAUAAUACGAGAAAUAAAUGAAAAAAGCCUGCUGCAUCUCGACGAUUCAAACUCAUUCGCAUACACUGUUAUUGUUGUCAACGCGCGAGUGAGGUAGCAUUAUUGUUUGCAAUACAAAUUAUACCGCGUGUGUGCAUUCGACGACGACGUUUCUUACAACGAGUGUUGAACGGCAUCGGCGGCAGCAUCAGCAGUAGCACGUCCUUGCGUCGUCAUUGCAACUUGCGACUGCAACAACUACUACCACUACUAUUAUACUACUACUACGAUUACUACUACUACUACUACUACUACUACUACUACUACUACUAUCUUCUCUUCUACUACAAUUACUACUACAACUUCUCCUACUAUUACUACUACUACUACUACGACGGGGCUUGUCUGUAUACCGAUUCAAGUCGAGUUCGAAUCAGUGUAUGUGCGCGAGCGAGGUUACCACUAAAGUUUACAGAUUAUUUCGAACUCGUGUUUGUGUGCAUCCAACAAUUGAUCUUUGGAGUUACGUCAUCCUCGCUAUAGAACAGAGAAAAGGGAAAAAGAAGAGCCUGGCCCAGUCUAUCAUUCUUCUUGACACAAUAUUCCACGACUGUCUGCCUUCGCACACGUAUACAGCUGAUUCAAUAGUGUGGUAGAAGGAAGGCAUCGACGCGGUGCUAUAAAUUAGACGACGACGCAGUUCUGGCUCCGUACGCACUCGUAACGGCGACAUCGUCAACUGCGACGAUCGGAUCUUGAUCGAGCAAGAGCUCGCGGCUCUGCUUAUUUGCGGCAGCAGCUCACUCACAGCCCGAAAAUUCAUCUUUCCAAACCGAGCAAGAUGCACAUCGAGGUGCAGGUGGCGUUGAACUUCGUCAUAUCAUAUUUAUACAACAAGCUGCCCAGGCGGCGAGUCAACAUAUUCGGCGAGGAGCUCGAAAAGGCCCUCAAGGACAAGUUCAAGGGCCACUGGUACCCGGAGAAGCCCUUCAAGGGCUCGGCCUUCCGAUGCCUCAAGACCGGCGAUCCCAUCGACCCCGUACUCGAGCGAGCCGCCAAGGAGAGCGGUGUGCCCAUCACAGACAUCUUGGAAAAUUUGCCAGCCGAGUUGGCCGUCUGGGUCGACCCCGGCGAGGUGAGUUAUAGAAUCGGCGAGACCAGCCAAGUCAAGAUCCUCUACUCGGAGAGCGCCGACCCUCACGACGAAUCCUCGGCCGACCGCGAGGUCACCAAAACCUUCAAUCCCGAGGCCCAGUGCUUCCGACCGAUCGAGGCCGUGGGCAGCUCGCUGAGCGGCCUGAGCCUCAGUCCCAAAUCGACCUCACCAUUCCCGAGCUCGAUGGCGAGCAACGUCAGCAACGGAUCCGCCAACAACUGCAAUCAGCAGAACGGCCACGUGAGUGGUUCCUCGUCGGCGCCAUCACCCACGCCGCUGACUAGCUCUUUCAAGGGAUCCCCGAGUCCUGUUCCGGCUUUCAUUCCGAGGUCCACGGCACCGCUGACUUUCACCACUGCUACAUUCGCCCAGACCAAAUUCGGCAGUACCAAGUUGAAAACUAGUAGCAAACGAGCUAAUAGAAUGUCACCGACCGAGUUCUCGAACUACAUCAAGCAACGCGCCAUGCAGCAGCAGAUCCACCACCACCACCCGCACCAUCCAGGCCAGCAAUCGACGGGCCAGCAGCAGCAGCAACAACAGCAGCAGCCGAGCGCGGGCCCUCACAGUGCAACUGUCCUGCCGGUCGUGUCCCAGCAGGGCUCGCCGAGCAAUCGCAGCCUGUCCCCGGGCGGUGGCCUCGUCAAUGGCCACGGCCAGCACAGCAGCGGCGCCGCCGACCCGAGCGCCUACUUCUUCCACCAGGCAGCGGCCGCGGGGGCCGCCCCACCGGCCUACCAUCCACAGUUCCCGUCGCACCGCGACAUCUUUGGCAGCGCCAGCUCGCACGGCGGCUACCUGGCCGACCUCUACGCGGGCACGGCAAAGUUCCCCUCGUCGUAUCUGGACCCGAGCGGUCUCGGACACCAGUUCUACGGAGGCAGCAAUCUCGGCAACUCGGCCGGCAGUCCGGUGGGUGCCAUCGCGGCGGUACCGAGCGGAGCCCCCAACGCCCUCGGACCCAUCGGAUCGGCCUCCGCGGGCGCCAUCGGCUCGCCCGUCGCCUCCUCGGCCGUGGGCAGUCCGCCGAGCAACGCCGCGGUCGCAGCCGCUGCUGGCCAACCGAGCCAGCAGGACAAGUCUGGCCUGUCCGACGGCCUAAACAACUUCGGACUGGGCUCGGUCACGCCCUACCCGGCCAGCAACUACCAGCACUUGCUCGUUGCCAAUUAAUACAGUGCCGUCUCGUGAUCCUCCUCCGUCGCCUGAUAGUGACUGCCUCGCGUCGACGAUUCAACGCCAGCGCCGCCUGAUCCCCACGAUGUUGCUGCUACCAAGCCUGCUUUUCCGCCUCAAGUUGCUGCUGCGUAAUAUUAGUCUUUAAGGAAAACUACGGGCCUCUGCAAGGCACAAAGCAAGGCCAUAUUAUAAUACAACUCGAUCGAGUGUUUUCGUGCGCUAAGUGUGAUACAUGUCCGUAAAGAUAUUCGUUGUAAAUUUUAAUUUUAAAUCGCAUGUCUACCGAGUAUCGUAUUUAAAUUUUGCUAAAAAAAAAAAAAAUAACAAAAUAACAAUAAGUGAAAAAAGAGAUAAAUGCUCUAACUCGAUGCGCACGAAGGCCAUCGCUCGAUUCGCAUUUACGCGUACGUACAAGUUGCACAGGUACGUAUGUGUAAAGGCAUGUCUAUAUUUGUGUUGAUAUCAAUAUCAUACAUAUAUAUAUAUAUAUAUAUACAUAAUACAUAUAUAUCUAUAAUAUGCAUCAAAAAAUCCAUAGUAAUAGCUGAUGCGCGCGGGUGAAGCAGGUCACGAUUCUAUGUAUGUAUAGAAUAAUCCUAUUAUAGGUAUAUACACGUUAUACAGACACGAUAUCGAGGCAUGUAAAAAAAAAAGAAGUGAGAAUGAUUUGAUCGCAGCCACAGUAUAAACGAAAGACAAAAAACGAGAGAAACGAAAAAAAAUAAUGCAAAACCAAACUUUAUCCUGUGAACGAAGGAAUAUAAACAUAACAGAAAGAAA